AUGCAUAGCAUUGUCUACCUUUCAGUCCUGCUUCUUUCGUGCUUGUCCAUUACCCUUGCAGAUGAUCUCCAGAGUCCUCUCCACGACACUCAACCCAAGGCCAAACGGAUAGCCAUCAUAGGCGCAGGCGCCGGUGGUUCAUCCACUUCGUAUUUCUUGACCCGAUUCGCCGAGUCCUCCCAGCAUGAUAUCCCGCUCGAAAUCACCGUCUUCGACUCGAAUACAUACAUCGGUGGCCGAACCACCACGGUUGAUGCGUUUGACGACGAAAGCUACCCUGUCGAGCUCGGUGCGAGUAUAUUCGUCAAGGUAAACCAUAUUUUAUACAAUGCCACGAGAGACUUCGGCCUCAGUACCGCUGCAAAAAUCUACGAAGCGGUGGAAGACUCAAAGUACGAUUUGGGUAUAUGGGACGGGACAACGUUCGUUUACAAGGCGGAGAACGACGACGACGACGACGACGACGACGAUGGAAACAGAGCAUCGUGGCGUGGGUGGUGGGAUAUCGCAAAACUAUUGUGGAAAUACGGCUGGGCACCCAUCAGGACCCAGAGAACAACCAAGGAUGCGGUAGGGAAAUUCCUCGAAUUCUAUCAUGAACCGUGGUUCCCUUUCACCUCCCUGCAAGAGGUAGUCCACCGUUCAGGCCUGGUGCGAUACACGAACACGUCAGGCAGUGAACUUCUCAAGGACGUCGGUGUUGGUGAGCUUUUCACUCGAGAGAUCAUCCAAGCGGCUACACGGGUCAACUACGCCUCAAACCUAGGCAGCAUUCACGGGCUAGAGACCUUAGUCUGCAUGGCGAUCGAGGGCGCCGUCGCCGUCGACGGAGGGAACUGGCAGAUCUUUGCUGAAAUGGUGAAGACAUCCGCCCACAAGAUCUGGUUGAACACUACCGUGACAGACAUCGUCAAGGACACAGCUAAAGGGACAUUCAAUGUCCGAACCUCCAACGUCGUCGUCCACGAACAAUUCAACGACGAGUACGACGCGGUCAUCCUCGCUGCCCCUUAUCAAUUCGCAGAGAUCACGUUCUCCCCACUUCUAGCCUACCCGCCCAAGGAAAUUCCCUACAACACCAAAUACGUGACACUUUUCACCUCACCACGGCGCCUCUCGCCAUCGUUCUUUGGCCUGGAGUCUCAAUCGGAGGUCCCAUCCUCCAUCCUGACGACCCUGACCAAAGAUCUCAAUGACAAACUCGGUUCCCAACGUGGCCGCCAGGCCGUCGGGCCUACCGGCUUCUGGAGCAUCAGCACUCUCCGCACCCUCGUCACCAACCCCAUCUCCUCGGAACCACAGUACCUGUAUAAAAUCUUCUCCGCCGCACCACUCACCGCGGGCUUUCUAGCCCAGCUAUUCGACAUCCCGUACACACCCACAACCACCACCAGCUCCUCCCACAAGACCCUCCCGGCCAAAGACGACCCAAUAAGCAUGCUCCCGCGCUCUGUGAUAACAUGGUCAUACGAGAAAACAUGGGCCGCAUACCCGUACGAGACGCCGACCGCGACGUUCGAGAAUUUCUCGCUGCCCUUCGUAGACCAUCCCGACAGCCACGACGGGUCUUCCGGCUUAUGGUACACCAGCGGGAUCGAGAGCUUCAUCUCCACGAUGGAGACGUCGGCACUCGCGGGGAGGAACGUGGCCAGGUUGAUUGUCGAUCGGCUCGAGGCGGAGGUGAGGCGAGAAAUGGCACGUGCGCCCAAGGAGUUGUGA